GAAAAUAAGUGAAAAGCAUUGAACCUGGGGGCGUCUCGCCUAUCUCCAGCUUCGAAUUUCACGGGGCGUCUGAUAAUCGUUCUGUCACGAACGAGAAAUCGUUCAGUCGAGUGGUGGUUGUUGGCUCAUUUCAAUGAAAAUGAGAAUAAUAACAGUUCUUGGAUUCCUCCUUUUUUGGCAGAAUUCGGCAACCUUAGCUAAAAACGACAAUGAAUUCGAAUACUCGUAUGGGUUGAAUUGCAAGGAUUACGACCAUCCAACCACCUUGUUAAGAUUGAGGAGGUAUCUUUUCUGCGAGUACGAUCCUAACGUACGACCGAUUUCGUCCCAUCAAAUCGCCAACAACGUGACCAUGCAACUACUGCCAAAACUGAUGGAAUUCGAUGAUUGGACCAGCGUGAUGGAGUUGCACAGUUGGAUGACUUUAGUGUGGACCGACUCUCAUCUGUCCUGGAAGCCCAGCGAUUUCGAUGGGAUCAAUUAUAUUUACGUGAAAAGCGACGAUAUUUGGGUUCCCGAUAUUUCCGUUUACAAUUCAGGCGACAUGACGUUCGAUCAGACUGGUAUACCACCGACGACGUGCCUGCUAUUGAGUACAGGAUCGAUCAGUUGUGUACCAUCGGUGAAACACGUUGCCAAAUGCGCCACGGAUUUUUCCUCGUGGCCCUACGACACUCACCGUUGCCGGAUCAAUUUCGGCUCGUGGAUCCACUCGGGAGAGGAGGUGAACAUUUUUCUCGACAAAAAGGGGUUUCACAUGGACGGGUAUACGAAUAAUUCCAAGUGGGAUUUCAAAGUGAUAAAGGCGACCAAAGUGUUGAAGAUAUACGCGUGUUGCCCGAACGACACCUACCCGAUGAUCGUUUACGAAUUUUCCAUAACCAGGCAUUACGGUAUAUUGCACACCACCUACGUAAUACCCGCCAUAACGAUGAUGUUGCUCACGUUGACGGUGUUGUGGCUCGACUCGAGAUCAACGGAGAGGAUGAUCGCAGCGAGCGUGAAUCUGAUCUGCCAUAUACUUUGCAUGUCCGAUUUGCAUUGGCAGUUACCACACAAUAGUACCAAUCCUCCCAAUAUACUGCUCUACUAUAGAGACUCGCUUGCCUUGUCGGUAUUCGCUUUAAUUUUAACCGCACUGCUACGUAAAAUGCAAGAAAUGAACAUCGAGGUGCCGUAUUGGAUUUCUACGACAACGUCGUUCGUGCUGAGCAACAGAGCCGGCCGUUUCCUCAUUCUCACCGAGAACGAUUCCAAAUUGUCGUCCAACCAGGGGAUACUUGGCGAAGAGACUGAGAACAAUUCCGAGGUUUCGAAAUCUCGAGCGAAGGAAUCGGCGUGGAGACAUUUCGCGGCCAUAAUCGAGUGGCUCUCCUUCUUCAUCGUGAUCUUCACUUACGUCGUCAUUCUUAUCACCCUUGUACCAUCCACGUGAAAAAUUCAUUCUUCCCACGUUCUUCUACAUGAUUCUUCAUCAAUAAUCGAUUGUAGAUUCUCAUUUUCAAUAAAUAAUAAUUUAAUUAACGA